UAGACACCUUAAUCGCAGUAAUGACACCAAUUAUCUGCACAAUUUACCUACGCCCGUCCCAAAUUAUUUGUUAUAUCAUCAUGCAACCAGCAGAAUUGCAUAAAUCUAUACGAACCUAGUCUUCUGAGCUGGUUCAGGAUAAGAAGUUCGAAAUUUGGGAGGAAAAGAAUAUCGCUACAUAAAUUUCCUCCAAGUGAAAAAAUCACCUCAAACUAGCAUGGGAGGAAAAGGCUAUGUUUUCAUUUUUACAGGAAUUUUAUCCGUAAUCCUUGCUGGUAAGGUAAGGUUUCCAGUUUUCCCUUGGAAGAAGAGCAGAAAGUCGUAAUAAUUUCCCAGAAACAAGAAUCUUCCGGUGCUCUGGGAAUUGAGGAUGCAAUUUUCGCUGCCCUUGAACAAGCCCAACUUGAAGAAGACGCAAAAACUAUGCGUCCAACGCUAGCAACUAAUCGCCCCCGUCCAGCCAGCGUCACUCUGACCCCGCAGUAUCAACCUGCUCCAAGUCCUCCAGCAGCAGCACCAGUCCAUCAAACGCUGCCCGGACUGACGCCAUCGUUCGGGCAGGGUUUAGGUAUAAUCGGGGGGCACCGAUUUCCUCUGCCGGGACAUCCCGGGUCACUUCUUCUUCCCCCCUGGCCACCACACCAUUUGACCACGGCGACCGGAUCCCCGGCCGAAUAUAUUGGGGGAAUCGUCGGAAAUUUGGCGGGGGUGGCGGAAAAUACGGUAAAAUUAGUGGCAUCCGGUUCCAACGCGUUACUCGGCGUGGCUGGACAUGUCACGUGCACGUUGAAUCCGAUGUGUGCAAUUAAUUCGCUUAAAGGGUAAUUAUUAUAUAAGUUAUUAUUCUUUUUGAUACGAAUAAAUGUGACAAUAAUAGAAAAAUAAGUAAGCGGUUCUUCUAUCUAUGCAUUAAUUAAUUGGACAUUUACCUCAACACGGCACUUGCACACCAAAUAACCUUUUGUUCUUAUGUAUGCAUUAUAUAUGUAAUUACCUAAUAAGUGUGUAAUGGCUCGGUUUUUGGGUCGGUCAUGGAUUACUAUUUUACCGGGUUGGACGUGCGUAGGUUGUUGUUAUAAAUAAGGCCUAAAUAUUGCUCAAUUUAGUAUUUACACCAAUUAAAUAAAGUACAAUAAUGAUUUUCCGGAUUUGGGGACAUUUGGCGUGUUUCUUAGUUUUCCUUCUCCUCCAAUUCCAUCAGACAAAAUGCGUCACACUCGGCCAACUGCUAACUAUAUGGAGGAACACGACCCCAAAAUCGAGAACUGAUUUGGAAGUUAAUAAUAAUCGAUUGUCCUGGCCUACUAAACCCGGUCUGGGUUCGAGUACUACUUCCGGUCCUGAUGACCACGCGUUUAGUGGGGUUCCAUUCGACAGGACGGAAAGUUCUGUGUAUCCGACGACCCCACGAGGAGACACAGAUUUUCAGAAAUGGGAGGAGGAAGAAGAAAAGAAAUAUCAAUUAAUUCUGCGACAAAUUUCAUCCUCUGAAAAUGACACGGAGAUAGAAGAAUCGGCGAAAGAAAUUAUUGCAAAUUUUCUGCUAAAUAUCAUGCAAGAAAAUUCUACCAACUUCAACGACACGACAGACGCUCUUCAACUCUCAGAUUACGAUGACCCCCAAGAAAUCUCCUCAUCUAAACAACGCAGCGCACUAAAACAACGCCAGGAAAGCGACAAUGAGAAAAUCGUAUCGGCAUAUUUCCAAAACCGACCCCCACCCAAAAGACGGGAUCCAAUUUUCCCAAAUGUCGGAAAAUUCGCGGAAGCAAUAUCCAAUUCUGAUCGAAUGAGUCCAAUGAUUCAAUCUCUGAUGCAAAUUAUUGCGCCAACAACGACGAAACAAUCGUCUCCAUUAAUGAACCUCAUGAAAUUCAUUCGUGUCCCAAAUACGUCAGGCGGCAGUGGGCCAGACCAUGCAGCGAUGCAGCAACAAAUGACGAGAUUACGAGAAACACUGAAUCAACGCAAUAUUUCUGGCAUUCUGGAUAAAACUUUGGAAAUUGCAGCGAAUCCCGUUAGCAUCGGGUCAUUGAUUUCUGGGGUUGUGCAACUCGUGAGGUGCAACACCGUCGAGAGGCUGAACAACGAGGGCAACUGCAGCUAAAUAAUAAUUUAUUAUUCCCUCAAUCCAUGUUAAUUUAUCAAUUGUUCUAAAUAAAGGGAAAUUCCGGUUGUCGAAAAAUAA